AUGAUGCGUCUCGUCAGCUUUCUCUUGGCCUCGCUGGCCUUGUUCCUGGCCAAUGCCUUUGCUCAAGACGACGAAUGCAGCUGCACCGGGCUCGAUUACACCAAUGGCGGGUCAUACCUGAUCGAUGGCAACUCGGAGGAAGACUUCACUUUUACCUCUAUGUUUGAGGGGUGCUUUGAGUCCACCAUCACUCCUAUACUGGUCUCGCCUGAUGGCGAUGGCUACGAAUGCUCCCCGCUUGAGUCACAGCCGGAUGGAGUGGAGCAGGCAUCGUCCUGCCCCAUCCCGUACUCAGAGAUGGGGUCAGGCACUUGGACAAUUAUCAUUGAGGCCCCGGAACACAACUUCUUCGCUCAGCGGCAGUUCAACCUAACAGUUGGAGGUGGCGACAUCAACACGGUAGUUGUGACGGUCACCCCUACCGAGUAUGUCGGUGUCACGACCACACUGCCGGGAGAGACCAUAACACGCUGGAUUGCCGAAACCGAAACUGAAUAUUUAGAGCCGGAGACCGUCUUUGGAGAUUGCUACCUCCAGACAGACACCGUCUUCCAAUACCUUCCGGGACCUACUACCACCAUGGUCUCCGAGAUCGAACGCUGGUCCACGGUUGGCGUGGUCACGCAGUACCAUGGACCAACCACGGCCGACAUCAACACGGAGGCCUACGCGGACGUCGUCGUGGACAAGACCAACGAGUCGGCGGACGUCUACCCGCCGGCAAACAUCAACAAGCAGCCGGCCAGUAGUAACGACAAGAAUCACAACGAUUCCAACCAGAACGUCAACUCGUUUGCCUACCGUCUCUGUUACCACUAUCACCCGGAGACCUACCACUCGGUGACACGCAGACGCACAACCACCGUCUCCCGCCCGACAUCGCGGAUCACAACCCGCAUCACCACGAUCCCUACCCGACGACCCACGACCAGUAAUGAUCCCCCACGGCCAACCGUCACCACUCGCCGCGCAACGAGACCGAUAACAACGAGCCAGAUCACCACCCGCAUCACCACAAUCCCUACUCGAAGGCCCACCACCACUAGUAGGGAUGAUCCCCCCAGAACCACGCCACGACCAACAACCCGCAUCACCACGCUUCCCACGAGAAGGCCUACUACUAGCAACGACCGCCCACGGCCAACGGUCAUCACGACGCGACGCACAACACCAAGCACAGCUCCCCGACCCACGACCCGUCGUACCACGCAAAGCCCGCCCCCUGCCGGUGGAAUUGUGACGACUACCAUUCGAACAGGAAGGCCGGUGGAACCUACUUCUCGUCAGGGUGGUGGGAAUCAGUCUACACCAACCUCACGCAGAGGAGGUGGUGGAGGUGGACAACAACCUACUUCUCGCCAGGGUGGUGGUGGGAGCCAACCAACACCAACUGCACGGCGGGGAGGGGAGCCCACGUCUCGCGGCAGCGGCGGCGGUGGCGGUGGCGGUGGUGGUGGAAACCAGCCGACCUCGCGAGGCGGCGGAGGGCGGGAUGAGCUGGAGCCCGGGCCGGUUGUCACGGCGUCGCCGGAUGCGAAGGUUGUUACCGCCCGCGCAGUGGCACGCUUAGCCGACGUCACCAGGACGGUGUACGAAACCACAACGGUGACGAGGACUGUGGUUGAGGUGGAAGAGGGUGAGACGGCGACUGAGUACAAUCACUACACCACCACAUGGACCUACACGCCCCCGGCACAAACAGUCUGCGACGCCGAGACCACCGAGACAAUCUUCUACCAGGGCCCGCCGCGGACCGUGUACCAGAUUACGUAUGUGACGCAUUACACCCGGGCAACGGUCUGGGUUGGGCAAACGCAAUACACCACGUCGACGGAUUAUCCGGCCAUGACACGGUGCUGGCAAAAUGGUGGUGAUUACGGGCUUUGA